AUGAACGUAGUCAGCCAUUCAAUAGCAAACAUUUUCAAGCGGUUCCUUGUGGUACUACUGCUGUAUAUGGGUGGCAACCGACAGAUUACGGCCAUGAACUUCAUCGGUUUGUGCAUGUCUCUGUGUGGCCUUCUUGUCUACACAUUUGGCAAGACACGACAUGAAGACCAACUCAAAGAAGAAGGUACUGAAGGUGAAAGAAUAAAAAGCCAGACUGGUAGAAGAAGAACAUACCUGGCUAUUGGACUUCUGGCUCUGAUCUCUCUGUCAGUGAUUGGCUUAUUUGGGCAACCUGAAUUAUUCACCAUGUCCCACCCAGCAGCAGAGAGUGUCGUUAGCAGCACGUUUAGAGAAAGUUACACCAGGGUAAAGGACCAGAUUCUCUCUGCUGACUUCUCUCACAUACUGAAAGAGGAAACAGAUCCUGAUAUGAGGAAGUUUCUCACAAGACGUCUGGUUGAAAUCCCGGAAGAUACAGACCGGAGAGCUAAAGUGUUGACCAGCAAUAAACAAGUCGUUGAAGAGGCUCAAAGGAUUCAUGUGAAUCUUUUCCAGGACCUCCUGGGAAAAGCGAAACAUGUGAUGUUGAUAGAACUAGCCACGUACAAAAACAAAGGGGAUCCAGCAAUUGGAGUCGGUGAGAUCAUGCUUCUCAGAAGACUGAAUGUUACUGUUGUAUUUUACUGUUGCACAGAUACAUGCGGCCUAAAAGACACUUUGCGGGAAGCCCGUGAUGUCAAUGAAAAAUAUGCUAAAGACGAACUAAUAAUUUUAUUGCAAGGUGGUGGAAAUUUUGUUGGAUAUAAUUCGGCGGACGCUCUUCGCGAAAAAUAUAUAUCAGCAUUUCGUAAAAGAAGAAUUAUCUUGUUUUCUCAGAGCAUUUGGCUGCAUGGUGAUAACCAAAAAGAACUAGAGUAUCCAGUUCGUGUAUACUCCAAUCGUAGUAAUCUGAUAAUUCUUUUAAGAGAUAGGCAAUCUUUAGAAAUAGCCAAAGCAAAUUUCAAGGGAGUUCAAUUAAUUUUAGCUCCAGACAUGGCAUUUAGCAUCGGAAUGGUGCCUCGACAGUUGCUUCCAAUCUACGACAUUGUUUGGCUUAGAAGAUCUGACGAAGAAUCAUCCAAAUAUGAUCUUCCAUCGUUUCCACCAGACAUUUCAGUGGAUGUAAACGACUGGCUGUUGUGGAAGGCAAACAGUGGACAAACGGCUAUGGAGGAUGCUUUCCUUCUGACGUCAGAAGCUUUCCAGUUUCUUCAGAGGGGACGUGUGGUGGUGACCGAUCGCCUUCACGGACAUAUUUUAUCCACAUUGUUGAACAUUCCGCACGUUCUCAUUGACAAUCCGCCAUAUCUGAAAUUAUCCUCGUAUGACAAAUCGUGGACAGCGAGUCUAUGGAACACCAGAUUGGUCAGUAAUGGAAGUCAGGCAUUGGAUGCAGCGAUGGAACUACUAAGAACUUAUAAUCAUUCUUUACCUCCUGUGGGACCUAGGGAUAUGUAUGCUGGAUCACAGGCAGAUGUUAGAAAACAGACCCUUUGA